CCAGCCACUGGUCUCCCUCUGCAGCCAGGAAACCGGCCGGGGAGUGGCCCUCACAGCUGCAGCUCAUCUCAAAAUAAGGAGACCGGCUCCCCAUCUCCCCCACGGCACACCUUCCUUUGCUUUUCUUCUUCUCCUCCUCCUUUUUUAAGCCUGGAGGAAGGUUUGACGUGUGUAUCAACUCUCCAAAUGUAGGAAGCCAGAAUGAGUGACGUCACUAGCAAACUAUGUGGAACUGAUCUUGACCCGAAGUGAAGGACCCAGAGCCAGAGGCAGCUGUGGCCCCCCGAGCCCAGGGAGUUGGCAGUGUCUGGGCUGCCCAGGACCCAGCAUCUUCUCCGAGUUGGGGUAUUUUGAAAUGAGGCUUUGCUGUACUGACACUCUUCUUGCUGCAAGAUCUGAGUGCCGUGACCACAAAUGUAACCAAGACUCUGAGGCGGCUAUGCAAUGUCACUUACAACAUUAAUCAGAUACCGCAUUUAAGUGCUGGUGCCGGUGGUUUGAUUUUCAGCAAGUGUGCCGGUGGCCUCCGGAGCGGUCAGCUCUGGGCUCUGAGGAGGAGCCAGAGGGAGACCAGCACAUCAUCCCUGCACGCAGCCUCGGAGACACGGUGGAGGAGAAACUUCCCUCUCCAAUCCUGUUUUCCUGUUGAUAAAUUCACUUCUCAUGACCCCAGUACAUUCCAGCUGUUCUGCGUCUGAUUUUUGGUGCGUGUGACAGUUGCAUGUGAAACUUGUGAGCAGGAAGACGGAAAAGGCUGUUGGUCUCCAUCACCUUACAUAAAAAUGGCCGAGGGUCUUGUCUUGCUAGCUGUGCAUUGAGUGAUACGAACAGAUCGUGUUGUGGAGAUGAUGGAGGAGUCAGAACUGAGGAUUUCCAAGUGAUUUCUUUCAAAGCACGGAAUCGAACUCUUAAGGCGGGUCUGGCCUAACUGAGAUGACAGUCAUGUCCCUCUCCAGGGACCUCAAAGAUGAUGUCCACAGCGACACGGUGCUCUCCAUCCUGAACGAGCAGCGCAUCCGGGGCAUCUUGUGUGACGUCACCAUCAUCGUGGAAGACACCAAGUUCAAGGCCCACAGCAAUGUCCUGGCCGCCUCCAGCCUGUAUUUCAAGAACAUCUUCUGGAGUCACACCAUCUGCAUCUCCAGCCAUGUCCUGGAGCUGGAUGACCUCAAGGCCGAGGUGUUCACGGAAAUCCUCAAUUACAUCUACAGCUCCACGGUGGUGGUCAGGACACAGGAGACGGUCACGGACCUGGCGGCCGCCGGGCGAAAGCUGGGCAUCGCGUUCCUGGAGGACCUCACCGACCGCAGCUUCGCCAGCUCCCCCAGCCCUUACGUGUUCUGCAUCACCGAGAAGGGCACAGUGAAAGAGGAGAAGAACGAGAGGCGGCAGGAAGAGCCGGCCGCCACCAAUGGGCCGAGGAUCACCAAUGCGUUCUCCAUCAUCGAGACGGAGAACAGCAAUAGCAUGUUUUCCCCGCUGGACUUGAGGGCCAGCUUCAAAAAGAUGUCCGACUCCAUGAGGACGGCCAGCCUCUGCCUGGAGCGCACAGAUGUGUGCCACGAGGCGGAGCCCGUCCGCACGCUGGCCGAGCACUCGUACGCCGUGUCCUCCAUCCCUGAGCCUUACCGGAGUCAGCCCGCGCGGGAACAGGACCGCAGCUCACCGGACAGGGUGGGCAGGGAAAACGGCGAAGCCCCCGCCACCCAACCGAAUGCAUGCCCAAAGCCAAAGAAACUCUCCAUACCCCAGGAUUCUGACUCGACCCCAGAAAACCUCGCAGCCCCUCCAGUAACCAGCCCCCAGGCCGACCGAGAGAGGAGUCCGCAGCCCGCCACAGCCCUCCCUCGGGCCAAGACCCCCGACAAGGAAGAUGUUCCUCCGUCCUGCGAAGACGCCGCAGCUGCAGCCGACGGGGCUGGGCCGCCUGCCGCCGAGGUCCCACCGCUCAUCUACAGCUGCAGCUGCUGUUCGCAGUCCUUCGACAGCAGCACCCUGCUCAGCGCCCACAUGCAGCUUCACAGGCCCACCCGGGAGCCCCCCGUGUGCAGGUACUGCAACAAGCAGUUCACCACGCUCAACAGGCUGGACCGCCACGAGCACAUCUGCAUGAGGUCCGGCCAGCUGCCCGCCGCUGGGGAGGACCCCGGCUUUUUAGAAAAGUAUCCCACCAUAGGACAGAAUGGGGGAUCCUUCGCGGGCCCAGAAACCUUGCUACCGCAGCGCAGGACCGGCGAGCUGGCCGGGGCCGGCGGCGCCCUGCCGGACGCGGACCACAUGGUCAAGUUCGUCAACGGGCAGAUGCUGUACAGCUGCGUGGUGUGCAAACGGAGCUACGUGACCCUGUCCAGCCUCCGGAGGCACGCCAACGUCCACUCGUGGAGGAGGACGUACCCUUGCCACUACUGCAACAAAGUGUUCGCGCUGGCCGAGUACAGGACGCGGCACGAGAUCUGGCACACGGGGGAGAGGCGCUACCAGUGCAUCUUCUGUCUGGAGACCUUCAUGACCUACUACAUCCUGAAGAACCACCAGAAGUCUUUCCACGCCAUCGACCACAGGCUCUCCAUCAACAAGAAGACGGCCAACGGCGGCCUGAAGCCCACCGUGUACCCGUACAAACUCUACAGGCUGCUGCCCAUGAAGUGCAAGCGGGCCCCGCUCAAGAGCUUCCGCGACGCGGCGCCGCGGCCCCACGCCUGCGAGCUGUGCGCCAAGCAGUUCCAGAGCCCGUCCACGCUGCGCAUGCACAUGCGGUGCCACACCGGCGAGAAGCCCUACCCGUGCCCGACCUGCGGCCGCCGCUUCUCCAUGCAGGGCAACCUGCAGAAGCACGCGCGCAUCCACCUGGGCCUCAAGGAGUUCGUCUGCCGGUUCUGCGGCAAGGCCUUCACCCUGAACGAGACCCUCAAGAUCCACGAGCGGAUCCACACCGGCGAGAAGCGCUACCACUGCCAGUUCUGCCUGCAGGGCUUCCUGUACCUGUCCACCAAGCGCAACCACGAGCGCAGGCACGUGCGCGAGCACGGCGGCAAGGGCUUCGCCUGCUUCCAGUGCCCCAAGAUCUGCAAGACGGCCGCCGCGCUCGGCAUGCACCAGAAGAAGCACCUGUUCAAGGGCGCGGCCAAGCCCGAGAAGGCGGGCGACCCCGGCGGCGCCGAGGCGAGUCCUCCAGCGUCGCCCAGCGAGCGGAGGGGAAAGCCGGGGCCGGGGGCCGGGGACCGGGGGCGGCAGGCCGGGGACCGGGGACCCGGGGGCGGCAGGCCGGGGGAAAGAGCCCAGUUCAGCCUCAUUUAA